UUUACAUUCUUGUGCGCGGCGAGGUGCGGGUGUUGUCAUGGAGCCGCCGAGCCCUCCCUCACUCUCUGCCACUUGCUUCCUAGCUCUAUAACACUAAGUAAGACACGCACUAACACUCUGAGAAAAAUCUAUAAUCACACUAAUAUCGGUAAUGAUGUAGUGUUGGUUGAUGUAUGAUGUUGACCUGAACAUCUAGAGAAUGAUGAUGACUCAAGAUGAGGAGGACCUGGAGGAGGAGUUACGGUGUCUGGACAUACGAGAGGACCAUGGAGCUGAGGACAGUGAUGUCACCCCAAUUAACACACCUCCCUGCACCCCACCAGUCCUCUAUGUCAAGAAGUAUCCACCAUUCAAGCCCUUUGAAGAGAGGCACAAAGAGACAGAGAGGCAUUCAAGACUGGAUGACUUUGACAGCAGGAGUGAGUCAUCACUCUCGUGGGGAGAUGAUGAGUUUGAGGGUGAAGCCACAAGACAAGUUGGAGCACUGUUUGAUCAGCUUGAUUCCCUGCUCUACAAAGAAGAAACUCCACUGUCUCCCAUACCAUACUCACUUGAAACAAGCAGUAGCUCUAACUCCCCAGUUUUUAUCAAGAACAUUGAUCAUCCUCUAAAAUCUGCAGGAAACUUUCAGGAAGUAAUCUCAAAAAAUGCUUUCCACAACCUUUCAAGACUGACUAGCACUAGUGACUCUGAGAGUUCUUUGACUGCAGAUCAAGUCAUUGAUGUAGAAGAUGUCAGUUCAGAGAUUUUUUAUGACAGUGGUAGAUUGGUCACCCAUAGUGGGCCAGCACCUCACCAACCUUCCCCAGAACUACAGGAGGAAUGCCUAGAUUGGGUGGAUCAGUUUCCUCACUUCAGGAUCAGAGGUUAUCAGCUUUCUUCUGAAAUGAUGAACAUCCUUGACCACUGUUUAGACACUGAAGCUGAAUCUCAAGAGAGUGAUUAUGAAGGUGAAGAAGAAACAAUUGCUCAAGAUGGUGAUUUCUAUCACUUGCUGCCCCUAGUAACCUGCAACAGUGCCAACCAGACCAAGGAAAGAGCCAAUCCAAAGAGGGAGGCCCCCAGUAGCAGAGUCUGUAGUGGAUCAAAUGACCCAGAAGUUUUGAAAGAGCAAGUCUUAAUAAUGCUAUUUGACAAACUAUGGUCAUCCAUGACAGGGAUUAUUGAGCCUCUUCUUCACCAGUAUGCAAAGUAUGUGAUAGAACAGUCUGUGCAAUACUCGUCUCUCUCAAGGGAGUCCAGCACUAAAGGAUCUAGAGUAGGGAAUCAGAUGUUUAAUAGAAAAGUGAGUGAAGAGUUAGUUAGGACAAAGCCAAAGUUUCCAGUGCCAUCAGAUGCCUUACACAGACCCAAUAGUGGAGCAUAUGGAAGGAACCACAGUGCAAACAGGCCUUUGAGCAGUAUGCGUCGGCCACUCAGUGCUGCCAACAGACUACAAAGUGGCUCUGUGCCAGAUGUUCACCAAGAGGAACUAGAAGACUUGUUACAGGUUUCUCCCAAGGUCUUGCAGAACCACGAGGACAGAGGGAGGAGCCGUACUUCCUCAGCCUCAACCACUAGAGGAUCUUCAGCACAGUCUUUCAAGUCACAAAUUUCCCUUCCUUCCUUGACAACCCCAAGGACGCCUGUACAUAGACCAGUGUCAUCAAAAACUGCCAACCAUCUCCUCACCCCCAUGAAAGUGGAGGCUCUCACCAGCGGGGUUGAACAGCGACCCGCAUCUACCUCAUCAUACCAUUCCCGUGCUAGAUUUCAAGAAAGACUGCAGCACAUCAGCCGGCAGGGAACAAUCCAGGAAACUCGGGGUGAUGAUCAGGAACUGGAGGUAGAGGAGGAAGCCAGUUCAGUGUGGUCACGACACAUAUCCUUUCUCCCACCCAUUUCUGAUAACAGCGACGCCACCUCAUGCAAGAGUAAUGUAGGCCCACAUGGAGGGAGGGCAGCUGUUCUAGCCAAAAGAAGGGAUUCAACUGAGGGAACUCUUUCUCUUGUUCAGGAUGUUCAGCCACAGUCCCCGGUCAUGACAGGGGAGAGCCCUCUGCUAGCUACCCUUAGUGUUAGAGGCAAGCCGCUGUUGGCAUCACAUCGCUCCCACAUACACUCCAGGCCUAGAAAGCACGUUUUAGCUUCAGGGAUGCAGCCAGUUGUUCCCUUCCUCUCAUGGGUAAUGGAACAUGUUGACAGUGGUGCUAAGUCGGUAAUGAAAAAACGAAACCUAGUGGCCAAGAAUGCUUUUGUCAAUGGGGAGAUUAAAAAUAAUUGUUGGAUGAGGAGUAAGCAGUUUAAAAGGUACUCCCAUCAUUGAGAGUGGGAGAAGCCAAAAACUAAUUCAUCCAUCCUAUAAAUAAAGAGGGAGAGAGAGAGAGCGAGAAAUGUAAGGUGCUUAGGAGGGUAGAGUGUGUAUACAAAUAUGAUAUUAUUAGUUUUUUAAAAGAAUGAAAUAUAUAAUUGUGAUCUCCAGCAUUGCAUAUGUGUGCUGCUGUUUGUAUGUAGCUUGAAAUGACUGUUUGUAAAGUAUGAAAGAUUUAAGUAUAUAUGCAUUGACUUAUGUAUGUGCAUAUGCAUAUUCAGGCAAAGGAACAUAUUUCUCAGAAAUUCAGAUGAAAAAUGAGGAUAGAGUUUUCCCACUUAAUGCACUAGAAAUACUUGACCUAUUUCUCUUCAUCUAACCAUACACAUAUUGGACUAUAUUGUCAGCAUUUCCACAUAAUCUCAUACUUUGAAUCUCUGCAAAACAAAGCAUGAUGGAUACUCUGGCAACGAUGCAGUUUGGAACUCCUGUGAAGUAGCAUCUGACUGAGACUGACACAGCACUUAGCUUGAUCAGCCUUAUGCUGCUGUCUGUGUAUGACUCUCAAGUUACCUGAGGGUGUGGUGAGGAAUGCAAGUGCCUAUUGCUGUAGUAACAAAGAAAGUACUGUGUCUGUUGGCUCUUAUUGCACUGUUCUGUAUCUCAGGGUCAUGUUUUGCUCCCAUGUGUGUGUAAUCUUUUUGUCCUCUUUUUCUCUUUUCUUAUUUUGUUAAUACUAUAGAUUUUCUUGAUUUCCUUCAAUAUUGUAGAUUACCGAGAAGAAUUUAUUUUCUCUUACAUAUAUAGUAUAUCCAAAACGACAAACUUAAAGUGAGAAACUACUAGUCUUAAAUACCUGUCUAAUGUAAUUGUUAAGCUGUACAGAAAUCAGAAUUGUUUUAAUAUUGAUUAUAUUAUUUCUUUUUAUUUUUAUAUUUGUUUUUGUUUUGUAUUUUUACUAUCAGUGUUAUUAUUGUUAUUUUAUUUCAGGCUUUGUAUAUGGAAUUUUUUAUUUAACUAAAGACUGUGAGCCAAUUGAACAAGCAUCAAAACAUGCAGCCACAUCAGCCCAAUAGAUACCUGUAUUCUCCAAUAAAGGAUAAUGAUGUGUAGUGGCAUAGGGUGAGUGUCGUCCAGCAGGGAUAGGAUGAGUUGUAUGUAGCCUCAGUAUGAACACACUUGCUGUGCACCAAGUGUUGCUCCAGUGUCUCCCGUCUGUUAACUUUCCUACGUGUUUCCCACAGAAAUUGUCUUUGUUGACAGUGACACUUCAUUACAGUAACUGACACGUGAAUGCAGUCUUGUACAAGUGCAGUGUGCAAAUGUUAGUGUUUAUUUAUUUAUUUAUUUUUUGUUCUACAACAUUUCUUCUGUUUUCCCAGAAUGAGGGAGAAGUUCUCAGAUUUAUGGAAUAUUUGUGGCCUUAUCAACACAAGCUUCCUGAGAAUCUUUGAUUUUAUACAUCAAAGAUUUACUGUAUUAUUAUUAUUCUGGUUGUUAUGUAUUAUUGUUAUUAUUAUUAUUAUUAUUAUUAUUAUUAUUUUACUUUUAUUAUUUUUACUAUUAUUGUUAUUACUUCUACCAUCAUCAUAACUCAUCAUUAUUUAAAUUCUUACAUGAACGUUAUCAAAAUAAAUUAUUGCAACAAUUUAUCACAAUAUCGAUAUCAGGAUGUGUUAUCCAAUCAUUAUUUUUCCUAAAGUUAUUUUACUUAGAUCAGUGCUGUUCAUACUGAAAAGACAGGAUGAACAUUAAAUCUGAUGCUUUUCAAUUUUCAUAAAUUUUCUAAGAUAGAGAUGAGAAUGUAGAUUUGGAUUUAUAAUAUCUUAUUUGAAAUAUGAAUGUUGUUAUUGCUAGUGUUGGAAUUCUGGGUAUAUUGAUUUUUGGAUUAUUAGUUAACAAGUAGUAAAUUCAUCCCCUGUUACCAGUUAUUGGUUAUCAACGAUAAAAUUGUCAUUAUCAAUUUAUCAGUUGUCAUGAUUUGUUUUUUUUCAUAAUGACACUCAGCAGUGUUUAUUAUGCAUUUUGAUUACAGUCGUUUUAACUUUGUAAUUAUCUGGUUAGUAUUUUAUUUGACCAAGACAGCUGUGCACUUCAUUAAUCCGUCCAGAGUUUUGUAAGUUAUAUGUGGUGUCCAGGAUAAAGAAUACAAAUGCAAUUGUAA